GGGGCUGUCAGCGGGGCGCGCGAAGGCGGUCGGCCGCCACGCCGGGAGCGAGGCGCGGCUCUGCCGGGCGCAGCCGCCGGCCCGGGCCGGGCAGCAUGAAGUGCCUGGUCACCGGCGGCAACGUGAAGGUGCUCGGCAAGGCCGUCCACUCCCUCUCCCGGAUCGGGGAAGAGCUCUACCUGGAGCCCCUGGAGGACGGGCUCUCUCUCCGGACCGUGAACUCCUCCCGCUCUGCCUAUGCCUGCUUCCUCUUUGCCCCGCUCUUCUUCCAGCUGUACCAGGCGGCCACCCCUGGUCAGGACCCGCUGCGCUGUAAGAUCCUGAUGAAGUCGUUCCUGUCCGUCUUCCGCUCGCUGGUGACGCUGGAGAAGACGGUGGAGAAGUGCUGCAUCUCCGUGAGCGGCAGGAGCAGCCGCCUGGUGGUCCAGCUGCUCUGCAGAUACGGGGUGAGAAAGACUCACAACCUGUCCUUCCAGGACUGUGAGUCCCUGCAGGCUGUCUUCGACCCCGCCUCGUGCCCCCACCUGCUCCGCGCCCCGGCCAAGGUUCUGGGGGAGGCCGUCCUGCCCUUCCCCCCCGCGCUGGCUGAAGUGACGCUGGGCAUUGGCCAUGGGCGCAGGGUCCUCCUGCGAAGCUACCAGGAGGAGGAGGCAGGUUCCUCUUGUUCCUGCCCCACAGACAGCGCCCUCAAGGCCAUGGUGACUGAGAUAAGCAUUGGGCAGGAGGACUUCCAGCAGCUGCAGGCCGAAGAAGGGGCGGCCAUCACCUUCUGCCUCAAAGAAUUCCGGGGGCUCCUGAGCUUCGCGGAGUCAGCGAACUUACCUCUCAGCAUUCACUUCGACGCUCCCGGCAGGCCAGCCAUCUUUGCCAUCAAGGACUCUCUGCUGGAUGGCCACUUUGUUCUGGCUACGCUCUCGGAGCCAGCCCCGAACUCCCAGGACCUGCACUUCCCGGAGCCCUGCCGGCCAGCGCCUCCGCCCCACAGCCCCUCCCAGCUGGAUGACUUUGCCAAUGACGACAUUGACUCUUACAUGAUCGCCAUGGAAACCACCGUGGGCACCGAGAGCUCAAGAGCGCUCCCCUCCAUCUCCCUCUCACCCGGCCUCCAGGGCCCCUGCAGCUCUGAAGAGGAAGAGGAAGCUGAGCAGAGCACCGUGCCUGGGACCCCCCCACCCAAGAAGUUCCGCUCCCUGUUCUUCGGCUCCAUCCUGGCCCCCGCACACUCCCCCCUGGGCCCCAGCCCUGUGCUGGCUGAGGACAGUGAGGGCGAAGGCUGACUGAGGACCUCGUCUGUGCCCAGAGCCCUGCACUGGAUGGAGCCACAGCCUCCCACCUCAGCGGCAGAGCUGGGUGUCCGCCCUGGCGGUUGGUAAAGGUGCGCUGGAGCUGAGCUGGCUGGUCCUGCUGCAUCCCCAUGCCCUCAGGAGGCUCUUGGUAACGGGCCCCCAACCCAUCAUGUCCCCCUAUCAAUCAUGUCUGUGUGGAGGGGAGGCAGCCUGAUAGGGGGUCACACCUUAUUCCAACCUUGUGGUCAAGGCUGGGCGCCUGGCUUCCUUAAAUCACAGUGGGGCUGCUGGCCCCUUGAUCAGCCGUUUCUGACAAUCAUGACUGUCCCUCUUCCAAUCUGGGCACAUCUCUGGGAUGUCUGAUGACUGGCUGACAGUUCUGCGUUUUUAAUAUCUCUUGGCUCUCGCUGGGAAUUCUAGGAGGCCUGUGGACCUAACGGGGCCCCAUGCCCAGCUAGCCAGCCCUCGCAAGCGGCUCUGGGCAAAGGAGUGCCAGGCCCACUGUUGGGACAAGGGAGACAGGCCAGGGCAGGGAUCCAGCUUUGACCUUUAUUCAAGAGACCAGAUGGGUGGCCCAGGAUCCGGCUGCCAGCCCUGAGGCCAAGCAAGGCUGGAGACCCACGAUCUGGCCCUGCUUUGCCCUGAGCUUCAGCCUCAGCCCCAGGAUCCUGCUCGCAGCCACCGAGGCACAGGCAGAGGGAGCCCUGGGGGCUUGGACACUGCUACUGAUUCAUUAAAAA